AUAGAAACCCGUAGAUUCUUGCCAGUUUUGAGUGACCUUGCAGCAAGCAUACUUGUUGUGCAGUUCAGUUCAGUUAGUCCACUCAGUGCACAGAAAAGAAAAGCAGGUACAUCACCCUCCUCACUUGUUGGGCGUUGUUUUUAGCUGAAAAGCCUCCCCAAGUCGCCAUUUGUAGCUGAGAUUACCAGCUCGCUACACAUAGUUUAACUGCAGUCAUAUGGACGUGCUCUGGUAUAUUGCAUAUAUGAACUUGUCUGUUGUUUGUUUUGCACAAGCAGAUGUACUUAAACUAGAGCACGAGUACGCGUGGAAGUGUUAACUCGCUGUACUAUCUUUCAUUCAGAAUGUACCGUAUUAUGUAAUGGCCCUAUGUUGUUUGUUCCUAAUGUACUAAAAGACUAGUAUCAGGAUGCCAAACGCUGUGUGCUUUUGCUAACCUGUUUCAGUUAAUUAGGAGUUAACAUCUGAAACUUUUGCCAAUCUGUUUCAGUUAAUUAGGAGUUCAGACUUGGUAAUGGUCUGAAGGCUCUGAACUGCUGUAGGAUUAUAGAGAUUAAUCAGUACAGGUUGCUGAAUCAAAUCAGUAGGUGGUCAACAGGCACAACGUUGCGACUGUUGGAUUUAUGGCUGGAUACUAAAAUCCACUCUGAACCUUGCUUCAUAUGGAAACUAUUGGUUUCCGUUCUACUCUGCUUUCAUUCAGAUAACAGUUCUUCAAUUUAAUAGUACUAUAUGCCGGUAGUUAACUAGUGGAUGACUUUGGAAUUUGAAAACCAAAAUCAGUUCAGUCUGCCUAGUUCAGCUUCACACACAAGAUAAUAAUUUCUGCUUUUGAGCCUACUGUACGUACUUGUUUCGAGUAACCCCUAAACAAGAUUCAGGUUCUGUUCCACAGCACAUUAAAUUGUUUUCAGGUUUCGUACAUCAUCUUUCUUUUUUAUCUUCUUAUCUGUUGUAGUAGUGAUAACUAGUGGUCUUUUUUUUUCUUUAGUCAUAAAAUGGAUUCAGAUAUGAGGGAUUGCAUUAGGAAGAGGGAGGAGGAGGAUGGCGAAAUGAUGCUAUUUGUUUUCCCUGCACUAUAUUUGAUGGAGACUAGUGGAGUUGCUAGUAGGGAGCCGAGGAUUCGGCGUCAUACGUCGUUGCUAACAGGCGAGAUGUUUGUUAAUGAGUUACUCGAAGGAACACAUCAAAAACUGCCUGGUAGCAUUUAGGAUGGAACCUCAUAUUUUCAGAUCAUUGGUUGGUUAUCUUCGACGCGAGAAUUUGGUGACUGACACUAGAAUUAAAGUCGAAGAGAAACUAGCAUCGUUUCUAUGGAUGUUAUCCCACAAUUCUUCAUUUGAAGAUCUUCAAGUUCAUUUUGGUCACAGCGGGGAUACUUUCCAUUGGCACAUGAAGAAUUUCUUCAACAUCAUCCCUACUCUAUCUAAGCAUUUCUUGAAGCCUCCAAAUCCUGAUCAAGUACAUCCAAAGAUUCAAUCCAACACGAGAUUCUUUCCAUAUUUUCAGAACUGCAUCGAAGCCAUUGAUGGGACACAUGUUCCCAUAACAAUUUCAGGAGAAAAGGCUGCACCGUUCAGAAAUAGGAAAGGGACCCUCAACCAUAAUGUUAUGGUCGUGUGCGACUUCGACUUAAACUUCACCUUCAUUUCUUGUGGUUUGGAGGGAUCCGCGACUGAUGCUAGAGUUCUUCGCUCAGCACUUAACAAUGGGUUUCAAGUACCUCCGGGCAAGUUUUAUCUGGUUGAUGGCGGUUAUGCUAACACUCCUUACUUAUUGGCACCGUACCGUGGUGUUCGGUACCAUCUCAAGGAGUUUGCACGCGGUCGCCGUCGACCCCAAAAUCAUAGGGAGCUCUUUAAUCAUCGGCAUGCCGUGUUACGAAAUCAUAUCGAACGUGCAUUGGGAGUCUUGAAGAAGCGGUUCCCAAUUCUGAAAGUGGGUACGCAUCAUCGAAUAGAGAAUCAAGUCAAGCUUUCAGCAGCAGCGGCAAUCUUACAUAACAUCAUUCGAUCUCACCAAGGAGAUGAGCAUUGGUUAGAUAAUCAACCAAACAACAUAUCUCCCAUGAAUUUUGUGGAUCUUCUUGAUGGCGACAAUCCUCAAAAUCAUCAAGUCAACCAUGAAGGCAAUAACCUUAGGGAUGCAAUUGCUCAUCAGAUGUGGGCAUAUUAUCAGCGGCAACCUUAGGGAACAAUAAAGCUUUAAAUCAUUAUGAUGUCUGCUCGAGUAUCACCAAGGUUGAACCUCCUGAAAGAAGUUGCCGAAAGUUGCCCCCUACAGGGAGUGUGGAAAAGAGGAGGAGAGGGUCUCCAAAAGAAGAUAGAGCACAAUGGAAUGCAAGCCUUGAGAAAGAUCUCAUGGACUUGCUUCAUGAGCAUGCUACACCUGAACACAAGGGUCAAAAUGGAUGGAGCUCUGAAGCAUGGAAUAAGAUAGUGAAGAAAUUCCACCAGAAUAAUCCAUAUGCUAGGUACGAGAAGAAGAAGAUCCAAGAAAAAGGAGAAAGAGUUGAAAAGAGAUUAUAGGAUGAUUAAAGAGAUAAGGAAGCAAAGCGGUGUUUCAUGGGAUGACCAGCAGUGCAAGAUUCCAGCAGAUCCACCACUUUGGAAAAACAUUAUCAUAUCACACCCUAAAGCUGGAAAGUUCAAGACAAAAGGUUUCCCUCUUUUUGACGCUUUGGGAGAAUUGCAUGAUGGCCAAACUGCUUAAGGGACAUACAACUUCACAUCUAUCGAGUCAUCACAGUACUCAACCCAAGCACAACUCGAGAAUCUGGGAGGAGCUGGUGAGUAUGUUCGCGAGAAUCAUGGAGAAACAUCAUACCAUGGUGAUAAUAUUGGAGGAGAACCAUCAGCCAAUGGUGAGAAUCUUGGAGAAGAAAGGGUGCAGAUUGAUGAAGAUGUUGAGGAGGUGUUUGUGCAAGAAAAUAUUGUUGUGGAGCCCCAUCAAACGCAACCAAGUUUGGCUACAUCACCCUCAAGAAAUGGACAAGAAAAAGAACCAAAGAGGCGGAGGGGGGCAAAUAGCGAUGUGGCUGCAAUGAUGGAGAAGUACUUGGAAAUAAGGGCGAAUCAGGUGGAAGAUGAGAGGAACAAGUCAAGGGUUGUGGACGAGUACUCUAUCAAAAAUUGCAUUGAUCUGCUGAAAACAAUGGAUAUCACACCCGAGGAAGAAGUCAAGGCUUUCCGAGUGUUCAAGUUCCCCGAGAAUCGAGAGAUUUUCAUGAGUGCCAGACCGGAGACCGCUCUUAUGUGGCUGAGAGCAGAAAUGGAAUAACUCAGUGCAUCAAUCGCUAUGGAAGCGGCAUCGACGAGAUAAAUUAUGUAACAUUUGUAGUAUAUCUUCAACGAUUUUGGAGAGAUUGUAAGCCAUUUUCUAAAAGUUGAUGGACUCUAGCUUAGAAUAACUGAGAAUUUUUAGAAAUAUUUUGCUGUCUAUUUGAGAUAAAUUUGUAUGACAUAUACUCCAGCUUCGUUUGGGUGACCGGUUGUCUUUC